CUUAUUAUUUCCUUUCCAAAUACCUCCUAUAUUUCAACUUUAAUACCUAAUACUAAUAUCACUAAAUAAUUAAAGAAUCAUGUCAGAGAUCACCACCUCCACAAGCACGACUACAAGAAAGAGAAACAAUUCGAUUAUACCCUACGAGUUUCGAAACGAUACGAGUGAUGGAGGCAUGGAACGAGCAGCUUUAGCCACUGUUUUUGGCGUGAGGGAAUACACCGAAUCCAAAAUAUUUUGGAACUCGGAGGAAGACUAUUAUGAUGACAACUCUGCGACGACAAGUACGAAACCUGUUCAACGAAGCCUAAGCAAGCGUAGUUACACCAGCAGUAGCAGUCGUCAUGUACAACCUUCCACCAAUAAGAUCUUACCCAUCAUACCAGCUGUAAGUGAAUUUGGUGAUAUAUGGUCGCAAGUCAAUCCAACCACUACCACCACCACCGAUAUGAAUAACAAGCAGCAACAUACACAGGAACUGACCAACAAUACUAGUAAAGUUGAAUACAACAGUAACAGUUUUCAGAUAUCACCACCUGCUGAUCUUUCGGAUUAUCCUCUUACUCUGUUUGAUCUUAUAAAAUCAGAUGAAAACCCAAACUUUAUUUUGUGGGGAACUAUUCAAAAAACAAACAAUACAAUUCCACCCACUGCUCCCAAACAACAAGACGAGACGGAGGAAGAUGACACAAAGAAGAAGAAGUCAAGAUGGUCUGCUCAUCAAUUUAUAUCAGAUAGUUUUAAAAAAAAGAGCCCUACGUUUUACAAUAACUCUUUACCCAUUAUGUUAUCAACCGCAGAAGAAAGUCGCGUGAUUGAGGCUGCUACCAUUGAAAAACUUGUUGAGAAACUCACAAUAUCUUUGGACUACACUUUUAUGACAGACUUUUUUCUGAUAUUUCGGGUGUUCAUGUCACCUCUGCAGCUAUGCAAAUUCUUGAUCACUCGGUUUAGAUGGAGCAUAGAGAACAACGAGGAAGAACGAUGUAUUGUUAGAAUAAGAACAUUUGUUGUCAUGCGACAUUGGCUACUCAACUACUUUUUACAUGACUUUAUACCUAGUCGAGAACUUCGCAUUGCGUUGACUAGUUUUUUGAAUGCAAUGCCAUACCAUCCACUGAUCAAACAAUCUCCCAGAGAUCAACGCAUUAUCAAGGGGUUAAAACGUGUUGUACGAAGACUAAAAAAGAUAUACUAUGCUUCCUCAUCUUCUGGUAAGAAAGUGCAAGUGAUCCAACCCCCUCCUCCUACUUUUGAGCAAGAAAAAGUUAUGGCCAUGGUGAAGGAUAAGUUGGCCCAAAGUACGAUCAAGCAAAAGACAUUCAAUAUCGUGGACGGUAUUCAUGUGGAUACUCGACAUAGUAGCAAUACCGCAAUCAAAAGUGCGCAUGCUGCUCCUGUUGUUGUUAUCGGCAACUACCCUACCAGAAGACGAGGAUCAUCUGCUUCAUCUGCACAUCUGAGUAAAUCACACGAAAAUGAAUCCACCAGUGCUUCUUUAGAAUGGGCAAAAAUCAGUCAUCCAUCCGAUUACAGCCAGCGUAAUUUAUCAGACAAUUCGCUUGAAAGCGCACUUUCCCCAGGUACCUCGGAGGAUGAAGAAGAUGAUUUAUCAGAGUUUGACGAAGACGAAACCCAAAAAAGCUUUAGCAGCAAACCCACCGCGAGUACAACUCAAAUUACAAGUGAUGAACUAUCGGAAAAGUUGGAACGGCUUCGACAACAACAAGAAGAGGACGACGAACGUAACCGAGCAGAAUUCUUUCUGUCUGCUUACAGAGAUAACCCAUCUUCUAUAACAGCGGGAGGGUCACUCCAUCAGUCGAAUUGGAGUGACAAUGGCGAUGUACGUACACGAUCCUUCUACAACGCACAAUUAGCCAUACCAUCUACAGUUUCUACACCAGAUAUCUAUUACCCGACGGCCGUCAUCUCUUAUUUUGAUACGGACGAAAAUAAUUUAAUUGCUUCAACUUCUUAUAAUUCCAUGGCAUAUCCUUCGGUAACUGAAUCAGAAAUUGUUACCCCUUCGAAUGACUGCUUGCAACAACAACAGCGCUAUCAUUUUCUGUCACAUCACCCUGAAGACAAGACAUUAUUGUCUCAACGCUCUAGUAAAAUCUUGUAUGAUCCGAAAAAGAAACCUUUGCCGUCUUUAAAUGAUCCCAUGAUUACAUCGUGUUCUUCCAUUGCUUCUUAUGCAAAAUCCAAGCAAUUACCAAGGACUCCUUCUAUCAGAAACGAGGAGGAUGGCGCAGAGUCUUGGAGAUUAUCCAUUCAUAGUAGCCAUAAACAACAAACGGCCUCUUGUACGUCCGAAUUAAGACGCACCGAUUCAAAUUUGACUGAGAAUACAAGCCAUACCCCAAGGUCUAGAAUUUUAGAGAUUGACAUCUCUCAUAACCACCAUCCUACGCCUCCUUUACCUCUUUACAUCAAAGCACAAGAGCGAAAGUCGAUUGUGCUCAGUUACUCUACUUCUGUGAUGGCAGAGCAAUUUUGUUUGAUUGAAAAGGCGAUCUUACUAGCCGUAAAUUGGGAAGAACUGGUUGACUGUAAAUGGACAAAGAUGCCAAGCUCUACCUUAUAUCACCCGAAUUCGGAUAUAAGCCAUCUUCAAAGUGCCAGUAGCAGUGUCAAUGAUGACAGUAGCGGUGGUCCUGUGUCGAGUGGUACACAACCACCACAGCCAGGCAUGUACUCACGUCAAAAGAGGAUGAAGCAGCAAGAAGAGAAAGAUACAGAUGGAUCCCAGAGGGGUAUUGAAAAGGUCAUUAAUCGAUUUAAUGCCGUAUGUCAAUGGGUAUCCAGUGAGAUUGUUCAGACAAGACAGAUGGAUGAUCGUGUCAAACUCAUUGAAAAGUUUAUUCGUCUGGCCAAAAAAUGCAAAAACAUUUGUAACUUUACUACAUUGAUUCAAAUCCUCUUGGGUUUACAGUCAUCCUCGGUAUCAAGGUUAGAAAAAACCUGGAGUUUAGUCAAGAAACGAGAAAUGAAGAUAUUACAGGAGCUUUCAACAUUUACCUCACCUACGAAGAACUGGAAGAACAUUCGAGAUAGUAUGACUAAAGUAGCAGAAGAGUAUGGAGAAUCGCCCACGGAAAUUCAAGUGCAGGUGCCAGAAACCAACAAAAAGAAGAAAAAGAAGCCUGGUGUUACCAUCAAAUUGCCGUUUGGAGGAUGUAUCCCGUUCUUGGGGAUCUACCUGUCGGACCUUGUGUUUAACGCUGAACUUCCUUCUUACUUACCAUCGACCAAUAACAAUAUACGAACAAAACGUCAAGGUACGAUGGAUCAACUUCUUUCACAGCCAUUAAUACACUUUCGGAAACAUCGGAUCACAGCGACUGUGAUUAAACGUGUACUUGUAUUUCAAAAUUUGGCAAAGCGAUAUUCAUUUGAUGAAUCGGGAGAUGCUUUACUAUACUCAAGUUGUUUCCAAGUCACUUCCUUGGACCCAGAUACCAUUAAUAAAUUAAGUUAUGACAUUGAACUUUAAUGAUAAUAAUAAAAAAAAA